CAGAAUUGGAUGAGAACAUUCAAAAAACUGAAAAGUCAGUACAACGAGCAAGGAAUAAAUUAUUAGGAAUUGAAGAGGUUGAAAUAAAGGAAGAACCUACAUUUCCACUGGUAGAUAUACCGGACGAUCAGUUAAAUGAGGCUGAGAGAAAGGAGAAAAAAAAGCAAGUUGCUUCCAAGAGUCUUCAUGAAACACGUCAAAGACAACGAGAAGCAAAAGAGUUAGCUAGACGACAGCAAGAAGAAGAAAAAAGAAUGGAAGAGCAAAGACGACAAACGGAUUUUGAAGGCUGGUUAAACGAACUUAAGCAGAAUUAUCAGAAUCAACUUGAUAAAGUAAAAAAUCUCAAACGAAAAAAAGAACAACUCUCUGAUCGGAGGAGUCAUGCUUCCCAAUUGCGCAUGAAAUCAAUUGCUAAUUUGGCUAGCGACACUCCACAGCAAAAGAGACGUAGAAGAGAGGACACAUUUGGAAUGGAUGAUAAUGAUUGGGCUAUUUAUAAAGAAAUACUUCUCCAAUAUGAUUCUACAUUUCUUCCAGAGCAUACAUUUGAUGCAAAGAACUCUGUUAAGAAUUCCCUUAUUUUCAUGUUUACUCGAGGAGUCACACCUCCAUUUGAUCCAGAGAAUUUUGCACAGAUGCAUCAAUUACAUGUAAAUGUUGAAAGGAUAAGAGUUCCAGAAGCUUUAUUUCAACCUAGUAUACUUGGGUUGGAUCAAGCUGGAAUAGUAGAAACCAUUGGAGAAAUAAUAAGCCGAUUCGAGGAUGUAGAUGCAAGAAAAAAUAUGAUUCGG